GUGUCUUCCACUUCCCCCACCUCACUUCAUUCUCUCACGAAACCAGAUUCAAACAAUAAUCUACAAAUACUUCAAUCGUUUGCAGCAUUUUUUGUGAGACAAUUUCGGUUUCAAGUUUCUUUCAAUUUCCGACUUAACAUCGGCGUCACUCGUUCAUUUUCCGACAAUGGCCUGUGCAUUACAAGCAACCUUGGCAGCCAACAGCUGCGCGUUUUCUUCUCGCAGAUUCUUCAUGAAACAUCAGAGAGCCAAUAAGCGAAGCAAUGGAUUGUUCACAGUGAGAGCUUCCUCUGAGGAUGAUGACUGCAAUGAGGAAGAAUGCGCCCCCGAGAAGGAAGUUGGGAAGAUCAGUGUGGAGUGGUUAGCAGGGGAUAAGACCAAAGUGGUAGGUACAUAUCCACCUAAGAAGCAAGGUUGGACAGGUUAUGUUGAGAAGGACACUGCUGGACAGACAAACAUAUAUUCAGUUGAGCCAGCAGUUUAUGUAGCCGAAAGUGCUAUAAGUUCUGGAACUGCUGGUUCUUCAUCAGAUGGAUCUGAGAACACAGCAGCAAUUGCUGCGGGCCUCGCCUUGAUUUCUGUCGCUGCGGCAUCGUCGAUACUGCUACAAGUCGGUAAAAACCCUCCGGCUCAGGUUCAGACAGUUGAAUACUCAGGACCAUCACUCAGUUAUUAUAUCAGCAAGUUCAAACCACCAGAGCUUGUUCAGGCUUCCGUACCAAGCCAGACAGAAGCAAUACCAUCAGCAAGUCCAAGCACAGAGGAAUUACCGUCAGUUGCCCAGUCUGAAGGAUCUCCCUCAGAAGCUCCCCAAGUUCAGGCUCAGACCUCAAGUGAGAAUGUUGUCUCAUAGGCAAUGCAAAUUAUGCAACCCCUUUUUCUGUAAGAGCGCGGAUUUAGAUCUUUUGAAGUUACUUCAAAAGGUAGUUUGAGGGAGAGAGGAGAAAAUAUAGGGUACACGUUUGCUUCUUGAGUCCUACAUGCGUGGACUUUUUUAUUUUCUUGUUCUUUCUUAACUUUCUCUGAAGUUAUUUUCAGAAGAUCUGAGUCCCCAAAAACACAAUAGUAGGGUUUAUUCUGUAUCAAUAGUAUAAUUCUCUACAUCAUGAGUUAUAUAUAUACACAUUAAAGUUAGUUAUAUGACUACUGGCAUGUAACAGCUAAUCAAUUCUUGCCGAGUGUGCAUGUUUUCUUCAUUUUAAAUUAGUUAAAUUAUGCAAAA